CUAGAAAAUCACCCUAGGUCUCUGGAGCCUCCUGGAGGGGCUGAGCGCGCCUGGGGCUGACUGCCCUUGCACCAUGUUACUGCAGCUGGAGAGGUAUCAGCGAGAGUGGCGAGAGCUGGAAGAGGAAUUUCAGCAGCUCCAGGAAACUCACAAGGUCUAUAGACAGAAACUUGAAGAACUCAAUAACUUGCAGACUGCAUGCAGCAGCUCCAUUCAUAAACAGAAGAGGAAAUUAAAAGACUUGAAAUACAGCCUCCAACGGUGCAAACGCACGUCUAGUCCUGAAGAAUCUGAUCUCAUACAGCAAAUUAACGCCCAGAUCAAAGACAGGCAAAAUAUUUUCUUUGACAUGGAAGCCUAUUUACCAAAGAGAAAUGGUUUGUACUUGAAUCUGGUGCUGGGAAAUGUGAAUGUAACUCUUCUAAGUAAUCAGGCAAAGUUUGCCUACAAAGAUGAAUAUGAGAAGUUCAAACUUUAUUUGACAAUAAUCUUGUUACUUGGUGCUGUAGCAUGCAGGUUUAUUCUUCAUUACAGGGUGACAGAUGAAGUGUUUAACUUCCUGUUGGUGUGGUAUUACUGCACAUUGACAAUAAGGGAAAGCAUUCUCAUCAGCAAUGGCUCAAGGAUUAAGGGCUGGUGGGUGUCUCAUCAUUAUGUCUCCACAUUUCUAUCUGGAGUAAUGUUAACAUGGCCGGAUGGACUCAUGUACCAAAUGUUUCGCAAUCAAUUUUUAGCAUUUUCAAUUUUUCAGAGCUGUGUGCAGUUCCUACAAUAUUAUUAUCAAAGUGGCUGCCUUUACAGACUCUGUGCAUUAGGGAAAAGAAACCACUUGGAUCUUACAGUAGAAGGAUUUCAGUCUUGGAUGUGGCGAGGGCUGACCUUCCUUCUUCCCUUCCUGUUCUUCGGGCAUUUUUGGCAGCUCUAUAAUGCAAUCACACUCUUUGAACUGUCUAGGCAUACGGAAUGCAAAGAAUGGCAGGUUUUUGUACUCGCUCUCACAUUUCUACUGCUCUUCCUUGGAAACUUUCUUACCACUUUAAAAGUGGUGCACACUAAGCUUCAGAAAAACAAAGAUGAAAUGAAGAAACUGUGAAACUGGGUUGCAAUGGUGGACACUAAAAUGUGGCAUCUCUCUUCUUUCCACUCUCAGCAAAUAAUUUCAGACUGAACCUGGUAAACUACAGCUAUAUUGCAAAUAAACCUUGGAAGAAAUCCUGUUCGUGUUAUGCUAAGAAUGUGAACUCUCCCAGCACAGACUGCUGUACAGUAUUAUGCAAGCACUGCUCUCCAGCCUGCAGCCCUAUUAUUUAAGUGUAUUUAAUACAAAACACAUUUGGUGUUUUUCCUUUGUAUAUACAGCAGUAAUGUGGCAUGCACCUGCCAGAAAAAACACCAGUCUUGGGAGAAAGUGAUAUUUACUGUAAUUCUGUUCCUUCAUCUCUUGUUCUGUUUUUGGGCUGGGUUUUUUGAUCCAGCAUUGUUUGGUUUUAUUUCUGAAAUUCCAGGUACUACAUUAGUAAAACUUUAAUAAUGUUUUAGGUCAACCAGUAAUGCAGACCUAACAUUUAUUUCUAAAACUGUUGAUUAAAACACUACAUUUUCAGUGGCCUAUGCUAAACUGUGUGUACUGUGAAACUUGCCCAUAUUUGUACCAUGCUGCUAUGCACACUUUUUAAAAACUAUUUAAAGAACAAACUUUAAGUUAAUGGUUUAAAUGUUUUGUCAUUGACUUUGUUUGCAGGAAGCCUGGUGAUAUUCAGCUAGAGAUCAGGUAAUCUGGUCAACCCUGAAAAACGCACAAAAUAAAUAAUACAACACA